CAAAUCAAUGCAAAAUAAAUAAAAAAAGGAAUUAUUAUGAAAAUAUUUUAAAACCUAAGUUUUCUCUGGAGUCUUUUGUAAUUUAUUAAAAUGUCUAGAGAUAAAAGUGUUUGGUUUGCUGAAGAAAUUCUAUUAGACGCCAAACUUAUAAAUUACCAAUUAGAAACGGGGGAAUGGGAUGCGGUGGAAGAAAUGUUACGUGCUGAAGCACAGUUAUCUAGAGAUGCAGAAACCGGGCGCCUACGACCUAAGAAAGCAUCGGAAUAUACUUUAAGACUGAUUGCCGAAGUACUCCAUAUUAUGAAGUUAGAUGUUGAACAAGCAUCGUACAAUCGCAGUACAUUGGCUGUUGCUGAACAAUGCAUUCGCCUAGUCCGUUCAUGCGCGGCAGCUGGUACAAAAAUGCAGACAUACAUAUCCAAGGAACUAACAAUUCUUGACUCCAUGCUUGUACUUGCUACAGAAUACCAACAUCCUAGGGUAGAUUUUGUAAAUGAAGAACUUCAAAAGAAGUAUGAGAUAUGCAUGACUGUACUCAUUCAGACCUUAGGAAAUCUUGUUGUUAAUAAUCCAUUCAACCAAAUAAUAAUUUGGAACAAAUUUGACUCUACAAUCCUCAAUUGUUUAGUUGGACAAAAUGAGAAAAUCGCUUCUGCUGCUGCAAUGAUCGUAUAUAACAUACUUUUGGGGCAACCAAAUGUUUUGCCGGAUGAUGUUAGUCUAUUAAACUCCUUAGGAUACAUGUACAAUAAUGGAAACUCUGAAUAUCCACAUUUAAUAAUUGAAUAUCUAAUUGGAGUUGAGAAUACUUAUAUUGAAAAACUUUAUUCCAAAUUGGACUCAGAAUGCCGAAUGCUCGUUUUGAAUCUUGCGUACAAUAUCCUUAUGUCAACUGAAUCUCAGGAUAUAAAUUUAUCUGUUAAUUUUGUUAAAUUUAUGUCGCACGAGUUCAAGAGUAAAUCGGAUUGUAUAUUGAAGACCGUAGACAAGUAUGUGAAUACAAUUGAGCCUCAAGAAGUAGUGUUUUUACUUGAAAUAAUUGCCACAGCUUCUAGUAUGGAUACGUAUUUGGACUGUUUACAAAGUGAUACAUCCUUAUUUAUUAAUUGUGCUUUUCUUCUGAGAGCGAUUCACAAGCUUGGUAAAGAGAGCAAUAAUUUCUUUUCAUCUCUGAACAAAUUGUAUGAAGCAACAGGAAAACAGUUGAUCAAUGAUGAAAUAACUGCUGCCGAUAAGUGUGGACAAAAUCCGCUUUGCAAAAACGAUUCUGCUGAGAACAUGCUAUCGUGUAACGAAACAACUUCAGAAUGCACCGAAUCUGAGAGUAGUGAGCAAUUCUUUGAAUGUACUGACACUAUCACAUAUAACGACAAAAUUGAAAACAUAAAUCUACCAGAUUUACCAGAGAAAGUCCUCAUUUCGGAAGCCAAUAAUAUUAAAACGGAUAAUGAAUUAACAAAAGUUGCCUUCAAACGUAGCAGUUCUGUGCCAAAAGGGAAUGCAGAAGAGCGCAUUCAGUUGCCAACAAGACGUAUUAGUCUUGAACAUAAAAUAGAUAUAUGUGAUGAUACUGAGCCACCAUUGAUUCUGGAUGCGAAUUCACCUCUGGGAAGCAUGAAUACUAUAGCUGAAGUUAUACCUGUAGCAUUACAACCGAAAUUGGAUUUACAGGAUAACAGCAGGACUGAAUCUCAAGAUAGCUCUCCAAAUGAUCCGCCGACAGAAAUUCAUAUAAUUAAUGAUAUGAGUACAAACUUGAAAGCAUCUCCAAGUGAAAUAUCUCCCCCCUUGUCUGAAGCUGUGCAAGAAUCUGAGUCUCAAAAACAAUCUCCAGACACUCCUAAGGAAAUAAAAAAGAGUCAGAAUUUAUCAACAGACUUUGAUCUUAGUGAACAAUUGCAGAAGAUACUGGGUAUUUCGUCGGAGAAGACUCGUAGUGAUGCUAAUGCGGAAAAGAAAAGUGAUCCGGCAAAAGAAGUUAAAAUUGCUGAUGAUGACAUGUCGAUGAAAGUGCCGUUUGUUAAGAUUGAUUCACCGGAAAUACAGAAAACCAGAUUGGGAGCAGUUGAUAUGACUACACCAAAGAAAGCUGUGACCUGUGUCGAAACAGUGGAAAGACAUGUGGCAUUCGGAUUUAAAGCAACACUAGUUAGAACUAUCGCCAACCUGUGCUGGAAGAACCAAGAAAAUAAGAAACAGAUACGAGAGUUGGAGGUGAUUCCAGUGCUAUUAGACUGCUGUAACAUUGAUGCAAGGAAUCCACUCAUUAUGCAAUGGGUGAUAUUCGCUGUACGCAACCUUUGUGAAAACUGUCCCGAAAAUCAGGAGGUCAUAUCAAAACUAACUCUUCAAGGUCCAGUAGAUAAUGAAGUACUCCAAGAAAUGGGGCUCACACUGCAUACUGAUUCACAGGGGAAUAGUAUCAAAGUGGUUCCUUUAGUGCGGAACUAAAUAUAUCCAUCGUUAUGUAUUCUUAAGUUAUUAAAAAUAUUACAAUCAUU